GUGAAUCCUCCAAUUUUCGUACUAGAUGGGAAAAUUAAUGAAUUCUUUCAUUGUGAAAUCGUGAAGCUCUAUCCGUGUAAACGUCGUAUGGUUAUGGAUAUGGAAAUAUUCAAAAAGCAUGCUGAUGUUCAAAUACGUAAUGAUCUUAUCGAUUGUCAGAUUGAUAUUUGUUCAGUAAAG